AUGGGCUUGGGAAGGUCCAGAGAAGGGCGGCUGAUGCAGCAGAGGGCACGUGCCACUGCUCGCAGCGCCUCGACCGCACGGCAGCAGCCUGGGGGGAACGGCGGGGCCUACAGCGGCUUCGACGGCGCCGACGGGGAGAGGGCCCAGCAGCUCGACCAGCGCUUCCACCGCCUGAAGCUGCCUGUUGCCAGGGCGGCGAUGGCUGCGGGGGGAGCCCUCAUGGCCUCCUCCUGCCUCCUUAUCGCGGCCGGUGUCCUGUGGCUGCCGGGGCGCUGCCCGGCGUGGCUGCUCCUGGAGUGCGGCCUGGACACGGUGACUGCAGUUGGCAUCAUGCCCGCUCUGGCCUGUUUCUUCCAUUUUCUGCUGGGGGUUUAUAAUUCGUCAGUGUGCAGAGAGAGGGAGCAGCUUUACCAGAGCAAAGGCUACCAGGGUUUCAGGUGCAGCCUGCAUGGUGCCGAGAUUGCUGUCGGCCUCCUGGGCUGUGUGGCUGCCAUCGCACACCUGCUGAGCGCAGGCCUGGCUCUCAGGGAGUACAGAGCUGCUCGCAAACUGGAACAGAACCCCGGACAAUUAUACGAGCUUUAGAAUGAUUCCUCUGCUCCCAAAACGAUCAUUAUUUUUGCCAGUGCCCUUACUGAGAUGAACCAGUAUGCUUCUCCUGGACAGUGCAGCCUUAAUGCAGCAGAACACACACCCAGAGAGUAGAGUGGAGGCAAACUGUUCCUGACUGAAUGUGCAUUAUUGAAUUAUUAGUGGACACAGUCCGAUGGCUUGUCUUCACCUGGAGGCCGUCUCUCAGUAGAGAAUGACUAGCUGCGGAGGGAAUUGCCUUUCCCUCCCUUCUGCGGGUGUCUUGUUCUCCCCUGAGGUCUUGCUACAAGUGCUGCUACUUGUGGGAAAGAAGCCACAGCUACUCCACAGUUCUGCUGCUGAACAGCUUUCUGUAGCUGUAACUGUCUUUACAAAGGGCAUCUGACUUCACUGAGAACAGAGCUCUUAAAAAUGAGGCCUGGGGUUGUGGCAGUUAAUUACUGCUUUCUUGUAGGGUUCUUGGAAUGUUAUAACAGGGCAGUCUGAACAUGGCAUUUAUAAAUCCCUCAGAGAGUCCUGAAAUAAACCUGUAAAAUGAUGAAUACACUCAGCCUAAUUUGUGACACAAUGCCUUUUCAACUUAUAACCUGUAUACAACAGUUUUGCUUAAAAAGAUGCCCAGAGUUGAGAUAGUCAGACAAAAGCUUCAAGAACUCCAAGGGGUGCUUUAAGAUAGAAGUAUAUUGUUUUCAAAAUACAUUUUAAUGUACAAGUUGGGAAAAUGAGAUGCUGCUCUUCUAUUUAUUAAAAAAUAUUUUUGUAAACUUUUAAAGGAAAUU